AUGUUCCUCCUCGUCGGCCGCUCUUGCCCACGUCUCCGACAUUCCCUCUCGUCGCUCGCGCUUCCCCUCAUCACCUGUGCCGACCCUCGCCGCCCUCGCCUCCCCUCGUCGCCCGCGCGUCCCGUCGUCGGGCUUGCCUCCCAGUCACUCGCGCUUCCCCUCGUCAUCCGCGUUUCCAUCCGCUCUUCCCCUCUCCCCAUCUCACCAUCUCCAGCCCAUCCUUUCUCCCUCAUUCCUUCCGAAGGGGUGGGACAGAUGGGGAGGAACAGAUGGGGAGGAACAGAUGGGGAGAAACAGAGGUGGUCGCUUCCGCCACCACAAUCGAACAGCGUUUUGAUUCCCUCUCUGCUUCCCACCAUCCUCCCCCCAGCUCUCUCCCUGGCAUCUGCCCCCGUUCCCCCCAUCCUCUUCCCUGUUUCCCCGUAUCCCUUGCCGUGCUUCUCCCCAUCCUAUCCCCCCUUACCCCAUAUCCCUUGCCCUGCUUCCCCCCAUCCCCUUCCCUGCUUCCCCUCAUCCCCUUCCCUGCUUCCCCUCGUCCCCUCCCCUGCUUCCCUCCAUCCCCUUCCUUGCUUUCCCCCAUCCCCUGCCCUGCUUCCCCCCAUCCCCCUCCCUGCUUCCCCCCAUCCCCUUCCCUGCUUCCCCCCUUCCCCUUCCCUGCUUCCCCCCAUCCCCCUCCCUGCUUCCCCCCAUCCCCUCCCCUUCUUCCUCCCAUCCCCUUCCCUGCUUCACCCCAUCCCCUUCCCUGCUUCCCCCCAUCCCCUUCCCCUGCUUCCCCCCAUCCCCUUCCCUGCUUCCCCCCAUCCCCUCCCCUGCUUCCCCCCAUCCCCUUCCCUGCUUCACCCCAUCCCCUUCCCUGCUUCCCCCCAUCCCCUCCCCUGCUUCCCCCCAUCCCCCUCCCUGUUUCCCCCCAUCCCCUUCACUUCUUCCCCCCAUCCCCUCCCCUGCUUCCUCCCAUCCCCUUCCCUGCUUCACCCCAUCCCCUUCCCUGCUUCCCCCCAUCCCCUUCCCCUGCUUCCCCCCAUCCCCUUCCCUGCUUCCCCCCAUCCCCUUCCCUACUUCCCCUCAUCCCCUUCCCUGCUUCCCCUCGUCCCCUCCCCUGCUUUCCCCCAUCCCCUUCCCUGCUUUCCCCCAUCCCCUGCCCUGCUUCCCCCCAUCCCCCUCCCUGCUUCCCCCCAUCCCCUUCCCUGCUUCCCCCCUUCCCUUUCCCUGCUUCACCCCAUUCCCUCCCCUGCUUCCCCCCAUCCCGUCCCGUGCUUCCCCCCAUCCCCUUCCCUGCUUCCCCCCCAUCCCCUUCCCUUCUUCCCCCCAUCCCCUUCCCCUGCUUCCCCCCAUCCCCUUCCCUGCUUCCCCCCUUCCCUUUCCCUGCUUCACCCCAUCCCCUCCCCUGCUUCCCCCCAUCCCGUCCUGUGCUUCCCCCCAUCCCCUUCCCUGCUUCCCCCCAUCCCCUUCCCUGCUUCCCCUCAUCCCCUUCCCUGCUUCCCCUCGUCCCUUCCCCUGCCUCCCCCCAUCCCCUUCCCUGCUUCCCCCCAUCCCCUUCCCUCCUUCCCCCCCUGCUGCCUCCCAUCACUCUCAUUCUCCUUCCUCCCGCACUCACACCUCUCAGUCCUCUCGCACUCUCUCUCUCCGUCCUCUCGCACUUGCACUCUCCUCCCCACCACCCUCAGCCCUCCUUCCCCUCACACCCACCCAUGUUCCCACCUGCCCUCCCCAUCCCUGCCUUUCCCUCCCUGCCCUGCCCUUCCCUUCUCCAUCCCUUCUCAAACCUUCCCUUUCAUGUCAUGCCCUCACCUUCCCCCUCAUCUUCCGCCCUCUAGCUACCAUGCAUGUGCACCCAUCACUGUCUCCCCAUACCGGUACAUGCUUUCAUCAUGUGCGCUUGCUUGUGUUCCCCUGCAGUUGUUCCCUUGGCACCUCACACCACUUCCCCCAUGUUCCAUCACACAAUUCUUUCUGCCUACUCCACUCUCCAAAUUUUCAGUGGUGAAGCAGAGGAGCAAGCUGAGGCGCAGCUAG